AUGUCCCCCAAGCCCUGGUUCGUCGUGAUCACCGGUGCCAGCAGCGGCUUCGGCCGUGCCAUGGCCCGUGGCCUGCUCACCCGCGCGGGCCUUGCCCCGGCUGGGUCGACCUUCCUGCUGGUGGCUCGCUCGACCGAGCAGCUGGCUCAGACCAAGACCCUUAUGGAGGAGUCCGGCAUUGAGGCCAACGUGUCCCUCCUGUCGGCCGACCUCUCGGACCUCGGCGCCAUCAGCCAGAAGGUUGUCCCGCGCAUGGCCGAGAUGCUGGCCGCCGCCGGCGAUGUCUUCGGCCGAGUGAUGCUCGUCAACAAUGCCGGCUCCCUGGGGAACAUUUCCGACCGCAUUGACAAGGCCGGCGCCUGCCCCGACACCCUGCAGUCCUAUUUCAACCUCAACCUGACCGGUGUCAUCACUCUCACGUGUGGCGCUCUCCUGUCGGCCGAGGCCUCGGCCGACAAGCUGCUGGUUCUCCUGCGCGACAGCAAGUUCGAGUCCGGCAGCCACCACGACUAUUACGACCUGCCGGAGCCCACCUUCUAA